AUUAACACAACGCUGUAAAUCAACUAUAUGUCAAUCAAAAAAAAAAGUACAGCUGAGAAAUACCAAAGUCAAGACUUUUUUAGAAAGUCAUCUAACCAGUGCUAUCCCCUUGGUGGGACGAGUCUCUGUACCCAUCUGACACUGACCCUGAGUCUGUCAGCCCUGGACUGAGGUCGGCCUCACACAUCUAAAGUUUCGGAGGCCGACAACAGACCUACCUCUGAUGGCAGCCACUAACAUCUAGGGGGGAGCCCUUUUGAACGGACAGAGGCCCCUCAGAUGUGUUUACCUCACUUCAACCACUGUCUCCUCUUUACCAGGCUUCUGGUGUCUUGACGCUUGGCCAGCAGUGUUGGUUUGCAAAAUUGAAACCUUAGUUAAGACUCGUUGAGGUUUGGUUUUGAAAACUGGCUGUUCCUACCCACAUUCCUUUGAGAUAUAAAUAGAAAAAAAAAAAGGUUUAAUUAGUAAAGCAAGACAUCUGAGCUAUGUCCACCUGAUCCUUGAAAAGGAAAUCUAAGAGGUUCUUCCUAUCGCUUUUUCAUUCCUAUAUAAGGUACGUCAGUGAGGUAGCAAAAGCACAUCUGUUUUUUGGCUCCUUCAGUUCUUUUUCCUGAUUCUUCUUGGAGGAAAAUCUAAACCGGUGAGUAGCUGGUGGACCACCCAGACCCCAGACUCUUCCUUCCUGCAUGGGUUCAUUUUAGGCUGGUGCAUGUGGUGCUCAGGUUCUUUCCCCGUGGAGCUGACACGCAGGUGGAUUUUGAUCUCUGCUAAACGGGUUUCUGAUGUCUCUGAUUCCCAUCCUUCGGGACAGAAGGGCAUCCCUUCCGUAGAAGGUCUGCAGGCAGCCCAAGCUCUGUCCUUCUGCAAGGGAAACUCGCAAUGGUGCAUUUUUCUGGCUGGUGUACUAAAAUGCCAUUGCAUUUGUAGCAUGGUCUACUUCUGAAUGGCUUGUAGAUGUCUCCAUAAGUGGCCGAUGAUGUAAAUAUUUAUAUAUAUUUUACAAGAAAGCAGCAUCAAAUCUUUCUUCAGUUUGUAUUUUUUAAUUUCAUCUUUGGCAUAUAUUCAAGAGAGGACGCUGAGAUGAAGGGGGCUGGAAUCUUUUCAGUAUUUGGUUUUUAUUUGGAUAUCAUGUCUUAGCUGGUCAUACGCUUAUUGCAUCUUAAAAUUUCUCAGCAAUUGUGCAGUUUCUGUGGACCUGGGGGGUGUGCUCCCCCCAGAUGUGCCCAUUCCUGCUGGGCAUUGACCACUUCUCGAUUGUUCUGUGAGAACAGGUGGAAAAUGAGCAUCACCGAUGUCCUCAGUGCUGAUGACAUUGCAGCAGCCCUGCAGGAGUGCCGAGAUCCAGAUACCUUUGAACCCCAAAAAUUCUUCCAGACUUCGGGCCUCGCUAAGAUGUCGGCCAGUCAGGUGAAAGAUGUUUUUCGUUUCAUAGACAACGACCAGAGUGGGUACCUGGAUGAAGAAGAGCUGAAGUUUUUCCUCCAGAAGUUUGAGAGUGGUGCUAGAGAACUGACCGAGUCAGAAACCAAGUCCUUGAUGGCAGCUGCAGACAAUGACGGAGACGGGAAGAUCGGGGCUGAUGGUAUGUUCACACCUGCACACGGCAGGGGAGACUUGAGCUCAGGCGGCAUCCGGGGCAGGGCGGUUAGGCCACGAGAAUUCCAGGAAAUGGUACAUUCUUAA